UCGCAACGCUUGAAAACGGAUUGCGCAAUUGAAUAUGAUAACAGAUUUAAAUAUAUAAGGACUCACUGUAGAAACUGCCAGAAGCACAAUAUGACAUAAUUUAGUCGAGAUAUAAACGAUUGAAAAUAAAUUUCAUCCGAAGUUACAAGGCAUCCGAAGUUAGCCGGUUUUACGGUAUUUAGCUGAUUUUUGCAUUUAUUAUAUGACAAUGGCCAGUGUUUGCAAAAUGGAGAGAAAUCUCAUGUUUGUGAACAAUGUGGAAAAGUUUUCACGAUUAGAUAAUUUACAUAGGCAUGAACGAAGUCAUACUGGAGAGAAACCUCAUGUUUGUGAACAUUGUGGAAAGAGUUUUCUGCAGUUAUUUAAUUUACAAAUGCAUGAACGAACCCAUACUAAAGAGAAACCUUAUGUUUGUAAACAAUAUGGAAAGGGUUUUUCACGAUUAUCCAGUUUGAAAAGGCAUGAACAAACUCAUACCGGAGAGAAACCUUAUGGUUGUAAACAAUGUGGAAAGAGUUUUUCACAAUUAUUUAGUUUACGGUUGCAUGAACGAACUCAUGCUAAAGAGAAACCUCAUGUUUGUGAACAAUGUGAAAAGAGUUUCUCGUGUAUAUCCAAUUUACGUUGCAUGAGCGAACUCAUACAGGUGACAGGCCUUGUAUUUGUAAACAAUGUGGAAGAAGUUUUUCACAAUCAUCUAAUUUACAUAGGCAUGAACGAAGUCAUACCGGAGAGAAACCUCAUGUUUGUGAACAAUGUGGAAAGAGUUUUUUGCAGUUAUUUAAUUUACAAAUGCAUGAACGAACCCAUACUAAAAAGAAACCUUACGUUUGUAAACAAUUUGGGAAGCGUUUUUCACAAUUAUCCAGUUUACAUGUGCAUGAGCGAACCCAUACUAAAGAGAAACCCUAUGUUUGUAAAUGAUGUGGAGAGGGUUUUUUACGACUAUCUGAUUUAAAAAGUCAUGAACGAGCUCAUACCGGAGAGAAACCUUAUGUUUGUAAACAAUGCGGGAAGGGUUUUUCACA